UCUAACAUAUUCAGAUAUAGAUAGCUUAAAAAUGGCAUAUAAUAGAAUGAACGCUAAUAAAAGAGGAGAAAUUGGAAAAAGAAAACUUUCUAAAUCUCUGAUUGACAAACUUGGUGAUAAUUAUAGUGAAGAUGUUGCUGAAAAUAUGAUAAAAGACAUUUGUUCUCCAGGAAAAAGAUAUAUUUUAUUUAUGGUAAUAAAUAAAUGCACUGGACUACAUGGAACUUUCAUCAGAAUUGAAACCAAUCAUAUCAAACUUAAUUCGUCAAUAAAUAUUUUGAAAACAUUAGAAAUGAAUGAUUUUAAUUGUCUGUAUGGAGAACAUGGGAUAAGUAACUGUUUAAUUGAUAAAUUAGAAUUUUUUUUCAAUUUUUGAGGGUAAUAUCUUCAACUAGAUACGAAUUGAAGUCAUUUGACGUAUCGUUGAUAAAAGUAGGUCAAGUUAGAGAAGAGAAAAUAAAUAAUAGUCACAAAAAAAUAUUUUCUCAUCUUCGCAUCGAAGCUAAAACUUAAAAUAUAGUAAAAAUAAUUUUAAUAUGAAUAAAAAAUUUCUUCUCACAAGUGGCGACAACAGUGAUGGAAUCCUUGAUCUUUAUUGAAGUUAUUGAAUCUAAAUGAGAUAAAAAUCAAAGCAGUUGGGCUCAGCAACCGUACGUCGCUAACGUCGGUUGAAAAAAUUGGCUAUUUAAGCUAGUUCAAAUUUCAAAAUUAUUUUACUCGACUUCAAAAAGCAAAAAAAUUUAAAUAAGUUUAACUUUCUAUGCUAUAUCAAUUUUUUUUUUUUUAUAUAAUAUUUAAGAAAUUCUGUACUCCCCUUGUGAGGUAUUUUAAAAUAAAAUACAAAACCCAGAAUUUUACACACAAAAAUAGCAUAUUUUUCAAUACGGUAGUCAUUUUUACCAUGAAGACAAAAAUCCAGAGGUCAAUUUUUUUUUCAAAUUAAAGUAUACUACAUAAGCUUUAAUUUAAGGUAUAUAUAAAAGUGUCAGUAAUUCCGGAAUACUUUCAAAAAUUAAAUUUAAAAUGUCCUAGUUUCCUAAAGUAAUGUAAAAGUAAAGUAAAAAAGUAAUGUAAAUAUUAUAAUAUUUAAAAAUUUGAAAUAUGUGUUUCACAAAUUCAUGUUAGAAAAUUUUUUUAUGGAAAUACAUAAAAUUUAUGUAUAUAGAUCACAUAAAUAAUUCUA